AUGACCUGUUCCCAGUAUGCAGCAGCAAAGAAGGAACCACCAAAGAAAUAUGAGGUGCUUAAGACUGCUUCACAUCAUACAUACUUUGAUUGUUUUUGAUUGGUUCUUUGUUUCCAUUAAGUUUUUUUCUUUGUUCCGUAAAGAAAGAUAUGCAAAUGUAAAGCCUCCUGUCAUGUAAAAUUCAGUCGGCCUUAUUUAAGUUGGAGCUCAUCUUACUGGCCAUAUCUGAGUUCUAAUUCUUGGAUUAUCUAUAACCUUCUGCAAUAUUAUUAUUAGCAUUUAUAUAGUGCCAACAUAUACCACAACGCUUUACAAUAGAAAGUGGAUAAAUAUAGCCCUGCUCAAAUGAGCUUACAAUCUAUGAGGAUUUGAGGUAGGUAGUAAAAUAUCAUUAGGUGACUGGCCCAAGGACACUUACUGGCUGGUAAGAUUCAAACUUGUGUUUCCCAGUUCCAAAGCAGUGACAUUACCACUGCAAUAACCACAUGACUAGAGUUUCAUAUUCGUAAACCCUUUCUGAGCAUAUCUACAAACUAUACAAACAGUAUAUCACAGUAGUUAGGAACAUUGUAAUAGUGUGUGUUCAUAAAUAAGCUUGUGUGACUUCAAACAGGAGAAACAACGCUUAAAAGAGGAGGACAAGCUGACGCAGGAGCAUGUAAAUGCAGAAAGGUGCAGGCUCUCUGAAAACCUAGAAACAUUACGCGAUGAGAAUAAAACUUUGAAAGAUCAAGUCUCAAGAAUGCAAUCUUCCAUGGAUAAGGUAUUUCUUUCACCCCUCCUCCCCCCCCUCCCCCCAUAGCUUUUCCACCUAAUGCACAAUUGUAAGCCUGGGGAACUGAACAUUCACCGAUAGAUUAACCAUAAAUUCACUGAACCUUCGCCUAUAGAUUAACUAUACAUUCACGCAGAGUGAAUGAUCUGGUUCAUGUUAAGCUGUUGGUACAUUUCACAAAAUGUUAACUAACAUGGUGCUAGACACUAUAGGAUUUAUUUUAUAGGUAAAGAUGUGUUUCAGGAGGCAGAGAACGCAGUACAUCCUAUACCAGAUGUGGGUAGCAAAUAGCUUUCAACCGUUAUUAAAGUACACUUAUGAUAAUUUUGUCAGUCUUUGUCUAAACAAAGUAUCCUGUUGGCAUCAUAAGAGUGAUGCCUUUGUGAGGAACUCUUUAAACAGAUCGUUCAUGAACCUUAGAUCUGGUUCUUCUGAGUUAGUACCUGCUCCUCUCACUUGAUCAACUUGCAUGGCUGAGAUAGUCUAAUGGUUUUUUUUGCAGGCAGCUUUGCGGUUCUCUGAAAGCCAAUCAAUAAUUCAGCGUUUGGAGCAAGAAUCUAUGCGCUUGCGGAUAAAACACACUCUGGAAAUGAAGGUGAGAUAUUUUCUUUGUUGUUUGUGCAACAUAAUGUAUCUUUUCUAGGGUUUGUGUUUUUGUUUCUGAUGAUAGGGAAACAGUUUUUUGGAAGCUUUUAACUUUGUGCUAUCUACCUAUCACUAAAGUUUCCAUAUAAUCUUUAUUUAAUAAACUAUGUGAAGGAAAAUUUUGAAAAUGUGUUCAUAAUGUCCAAGGAUAUUAGUUUUCAGACUUCUUUCCCUGAUUAGCCCCGUUGUAAAAACCCUGCCAAAAUGAUGACCUUUUCUCAUAUUUUCUACAAGAUAAGUAACACUGAGAACAGCGGCACAUUCACGAAAUAAUUUCACUCUCAGCUGGUAAAUUACAUUAUAAGGCAGUAUAACUAUAUAAUUAAUACAUCCAAUUUUCUACAGUAGAGAUUGUUUUAGACUUGAGAAAGGGAGGCUUGUCAUUAAAAAAAAUCUGUUAGUCCAAUAAAAAAGGUAUUACAAGAUACAAUUUUUUUUUCUCUACAGUAUGUAUACUUUGGACCACUGUAAUAAUUGAUACCUUUAUUGCAUUUUAUCCACUGUUUAAUUUAAGGGCCAGAAUGUUAAAAUCAACCCUAGGAGGUGCACUGAGAAUGCAUUAUUAUAUAUUAUGUGGCAGAGAUUGCUAUAAAAAGCCUCUGGUAAAAUGAUGAUAUGCAUGACUCAGAGACAAGUUUCUAAUAAUAGAGAAGCAAGAUCCUGUGAUUUCACUAGUACAGGCAGAAGCUUAAUAGCACAAAUAGAUCACUGUUGAUGGAUUGCAGUUACUCAUUUUGUAGCUGCUCAAACACCUGACAUUUCUUACAUGUUACUUUUGCAGGGGAUUGCAGUUCCGACUUCUGAGCAGAUAGCUGUUCCAGUCUCCUGUGCAUCAGUCCAUCUUCCAUUCACUCAGUCUAAUAUGCGGGACAAGCAUUUAAGUGAUGUCACAUAUGGUACAGAAGUGGGUAUCACAUGAACAGAGAUUGUCAGUGUAAUAGUUACACAGUUGUCUAGGUUGAUAUGAGACUAAAGUCCAUCAAGUUCAACUGUGAAGCCCAUUCUUUUAUACAGUUGAUCCAAAAAAAAAUCAAAAAAGAAACCCUUUCCUCUGCAGUGAGCAAAAACACCUUUCUUUGAGUCUCAAUGGGUGACCUCUUAUCUGUUUUAUAUUCUUGUUAAUGAACCCUCUAUACAGUCAUGGGAAAAAGAAAGUACACCCUCUUUGAAUUCCAUGGUUUUCCAUAUCAGGACAGAAGAACAAUAAUCUGUUCAUUUGCAGGUCUUAAAAUUCUGUAAAUACACCCUCAGAUGAACAACAACACAUAUUACACCCUGUCAUGAUUUAUUUAACAAAACUAAAGACAAAAUGGAGAAGCCAUGUCUGGAAAAACUAAGUACACCCUAUGUUUCAAUAGCUUGAAGUAAUGGUUAGUAAUAAUAGUUUUCUGUGUGAAUUUAUCAGUCUCUCACAUCAUUGUGGAGAAAUUUUGGCCCACUCUUAUUUACACUGUUGCUUCAGUUCAUUGAAGUUUGCUCAGAUUUGUUUAUGCACAGCUCCCUUCAGGUCCCACCACAUCAUUUCAUCAGAUUGAGGUCUAGACUUUGACUGGGCCAUUGCAACACCAUGAUUCUUGGCUUUUUAAGCCAUUCUGUUGUAGAUUUGCUGGUGGUGUUCUGUUGCAUGACCUAAUUUCGACCAAUGAUUAAUAAAAGAAUAGGAAAGAAACAAGAGGAGUAACUUUUCCCGCUAAUUUCGACCAACCUUGAGCUGUUAGACAGAUGGCCUCGCAUUUGACUCUAAAAUACUUUGGUAUACAGAAAAGGUUCAUGGUUGACUCAAUGAUUGCAAGGUUCCUGGGUUGUCGCUGCAAAAUAAACUCAAAUCAUCACCCCUACACCAACAUGCUUGAAAGAUGGUAUAAAGUAUUUGUGCUGAUAUACUUUGGGUUUCACCAAAUGUGGCGCUGUGCAUUAUGGCCAAACAUCUCCACUUUGGUCUUGUCUGCCCAAAGGACAUUAUUCCACAAGUCUUGUGGUUUGUUCAGUUGCAACUAUGCAAGCCUAAUUAUGUAAAUCGUUUUUUUUUGUUUGCUUUUUGUUGCAAUUUCUCUGAGCACCGAACAGUCUGACAUUGGGGUGAAUUUGCUAGGACGUCCACUUCUGGGAAGGUUGGGAACUGUCUUCAAUGUCCCAGUUUGAUGGGCAGCAACAAUUACUUCUCUAAAAUCAUUGCUGAUAUCUUUCCUCCUGGACAUUGUGUUAACACUGAAUUCUCCAGAUCAGCAAACUGCUAAAACAUCAGUGUUUAUAGAGGUGGUCACACUUGUUGAUGAUCAAUUAAUGAUCAAUUAAUUAAGGGUGUUUGAUUAGCAGCACCUGUCUGCUAGUUAGUCUCUUAAUUCCUUUGGAAGCAGGAAGCAGUGGCUUCUCCAGUUUGGUUUUAUUUUUGUUAAAUAAAUCAUGACACAGUGAAUUGUUUUUCAUCUGAGAUUGUUAUUUUAACCAUUUUAAGACCUGCUCAUGAACAGAUGAUUUGUUAUUUGGAUUUGGCUGUAUUGAGUUUCCUCUGCCACUGCACAGUCACUCAAUUUAUCCAAAGCCCUCUGUAGAAUAGCCAUACAAUGUUCAGACUGUAUGUUCUUACCUAAUUUUGUCUCAUCUGCAAACACAGACAAAUGACUUCCAAUAUCCACUUUAACAUAAUUUAUAGAUAGUUUAAAGAGAAGUGGAACCAGGAUAGAUCCCUGAAGCACUCUACUUACCACUUUUGUUCAAUGUGAACAUUUUUCAUUUACAAAUACUCUCUGCACUCUAUCUUUAAGCCAGUGUUCUGUAUUUAGUAAAAAUCUACCUUGAAGUAGCGGUUGCAAAAUUAUAUUUACCUUUAAUUCUUAAAGAGAUAAAUACCUUGUUUAGACUUAAAGGUAGUAAUUAGAGUUGAGCGAAGCCAAACUGAAAAUUUCGGGUUCGUACCGAACAUUAGGUUUUUUGGACCUCGGACCCAACACUGACAUAUCACGGUAUGUUCGGGUCGGAGUUCGGCGAUUUAAUGAUGCGUUUUGAAAGGCUGCAGGGCAGCCAAUCAACAAAACAUUCCCCCCUCCUGAGCCCCCACUCGCAACGAGUGGGGGCUUUUAAACUAAAGGUGGGGCCUAUUGCCCUCCCCGGCCCCCACCCAGGAGCGGUGGGUGGGGGCCCUAAAUACUAAUAAGGGGGGACACCUCUUGUCCCCCUCCUGGCCCCCACCGCUGAGCGGUGGGUGGGGCCCUAAAUACCAAUAAGGGGGGACCUACUGUCUUCCCCCUGGCCCCCACCCCUGUGCGGCAGGUUGGGGCCCUAAAUAACAAUAAGAGGGAACACCUAUUGUCCUCCCCUGGCCCCCACCGCUGAUCGGUUGGUGGGGCCCUAAAUAGCAAUAAGGGGGGACCUACUGUCUUGCCCCUGUGCGGCAGGUGGGGGCCCCCCGACCCCACACCUGAGCAGUGGGUGGGGGCAAUAAAUAAAAAUUGGGGGGGGACCUAAUGUCCUCCCCCUGGCCUCCACCCCUUGCGCGGCGGGUGGGAGCCCUAAAUAACAAUAAGGGGGGGACCUAAUGUCCUCCCCCCCCGGCCCCCACCCCUGCAUGGCGGGUUGGGUCUCUAAAUAAAAAUAAGGGGGGAACUAAUGUCCUCCCCCCCGGCCCCCACCCCUGCGUGGUGGGUGGGGGCUCUAAAUAACGAUAAGGGGGAUCUAAUGUCCUUCCCCCUCCCCCACUCCUGAACGGUGGGUGGGGGCCAUUAAGUAAAAAAUGGGGGGGGCCUACUGUCCUCCGCUCCCACCCCUGAGCGGUGGGUGGGGGCCAUAAAUAAAAAAUGGGGGGGGACCUAAUGCCCUCCCUCCGCCCCCACCCCUGCGCAGCGGGUGGGGGCCCUAAAUAACAAUAAGGGGGGGGGGAACCUAAAAUUCCAAAGAACUUUCCCACGCUGUGUAAAAUGACACAGAGCACUCUGAUUGGUGGAUUUCAAGCCAACCAAUCAGAGUGCUUUGACAGGUAAAUGUAGAGACUUACCUGUCAGUCUCUUAAUUUACCUGUCAGAGCAUUCUGAUUGGAUGACUUAAACCCACCAAUCAAAGUGCUCUGAGCCUAAUUGCAGGGCGGGGCAAGGCUUUAUAAGCCUUCCCCCCACCCUGCAGAGCUCAGUCUGCGCGGAGCCCUCCAUGAGUGAAGAUGGAUUUUUUAUUUAUUUAUUUAUUUAUUUUAAAGUGUGUCCGUUAUUAUGGAUUUUGAUUUGGCCUUUUUUGGGGCUGAAAAAAGAAGAUUUUAGAAGAAAGAAAACAUCGAAUGGUAAGUUUUAUUUUAGACAAGGGUCCCCCCUCAUUAUUUUUAGGAUGAGGGGGGUAGGUAGGGGUGAUUUUUUUUUUUUUCAGGGGGGUGACUCAAGGUUUGGGGGGGGGAUUUUUAUUUAUUGCCAGCAGGUGGUGGCUGGGGGAGAGGACAUUAGGUUCCCCCCAAUUGGUAUUUAGGGCCCCCACCCGCCGGGGGGGAGGACAGUAGGUCCCCCCUCCACAUUCUUAUUUAGGGCCCCCACCCGUCGCACAGGGGUGGGGGCAAUAGUUUUUUUUUUUUUUGGUUUUUUUUACAGUGAGCAGCCACUGGUGGCUCACUGUUUACUAGACACGCCCCUACUCACAGUAUAGUGAGUAGGGGCUCAAUUUACUAAUACUAAGUAAUCUUUACUUAGUAUUAGUAAAUGUGGCUGAAAGACCAAUUUAGGUGACCAAUUUAGGUCUUUCAGCCUUUUGGUAGAUAGCUCCCUAAUACCGUGUGAAUUAGGGAGUUAUCUACUAAGCGGCUGCUUAUUUUAUGUUAUUUUUAAGUGAUUUCCCUAUCCACAUUUGUUUGCAGGGCACUUGUCCUACUUUUACCCCCAUGUUACUUCCUUUUGCAGCCCUCUAGCCCUUUCCAGGAGUUUUUUAGAGCCAUUUUUGUGGCCAAAAGUUCGGGUCCCUAUUGACUUCAAUGGGGUUCAGGGUCAAGUUCGAGCCCGAACCCGGACUUUUUUUCAAAGUUCGGCUGGACCCAAACAUCCAGGCGUCUGCUCAACUCUAGUAGUAAUAAUGAUUGGGUUUAUUUCUUUCAAAUACCACAUAGACAAUAUCACACUCUUAUUUUAUUUAGGGCAUAUAUUGGAUUGGUUGUUUUUUAUGUCAAUACAAUUAUUUUAUCUUUAAACUAUUACAAGUUAAAUUUUAUAGAUUUAUAUUCUGCAGUAAUAAUUAUACUCUUUUCUCUACCUAGUAACUAAAGAAACACUUUUUGUUUUCUAUCUCAUAGUAUGUUAUGUAUGUUACGUAUGUUACUAAUAUUUAAAUUGUGAGUGCCCUGUUUAUUUGGCAAUAUUGAAUAGAACCCAAUAAACAGAAGUAACUUUCGAAAGUGUGUUUACUGUAUAAUAUUAGUACCAAUACUUUAAUCACAGUUUAUGGAUAAGCACAGUGCCACAGGACAAGUCAUCAUGUCAGUGAUUGCUCCAUUGAUAUUACUGCCCAGUGAAACAUCAGUUCAGGGAAAGUCCCUACUCACCUACUGCAUCUAUUUUAGCAAUCUUCCAGGAAUAUUAUCACAGAAAAACCCACUCGUGAUCUUCUGAGUCUUUCAGACAAAUUACACAUCAUGAAUUAUAGAGGGAUGGAUGUACAUCAGAAUAAGAUCAAUGAUGACAAACCACAUCGCCUGACCACCUCUAUGUAAGAAUACAUUAUUCUCUGUUCAAUGUAAUCUAUUUUAGUAUUUAAAAAGCAAGACAGGAUGAUGCAAUUCACAGUGAGUGUUUAUGGCCUAAAAAAUACUUGUUACUUUUUCCAGUGAUUUAUCACCACUGGAUAAGUACCUAAUUUUAUUAAUUAGUCUUGUCCAGGUAAGUUGAGCCAUGAAGUUUGCUUAUAAAACGGUUGCUAAUUCAAAACAGUAGGCAGUUUUAGAGACCGUAAGUAGCCUGAAAAAGAAUCCUGAAAAAUUUAAAACAAUGUUAUGGAUACUUCUACAUCAAGUUGUAACUCUCCAUACAGCACGAUAUUGCGCCGUGUGUGUGUAUUUGUGUAUGUGUGUGUGUGUAUAUAUAUACAUAUACAGUGGGACCUCGGUUAACAUAAUUUUCGGUUUACAAAUGAAAAUCCAUUGAAAAUAAUGCCUCGGUUUACAAUUUUUUUUCACAAUACAAAGCAAGUUUCCCCAGGAUGCAUUGAACCUGGGAGGUUUAUAGCACCGUCCCCUGCAUGCUGGAGCCUGUGGGUAGCACGUGGUGUCGAGUGUGGAGGUGUUUGAGCGGCUUUUGCAUCGAGUUUUGGAACCAUUCUGGAAAUUAUUUGCAGUUGUUUUGGGACUUUUCUCAAGCUGUUUCUCAAGCUGUGGAAAGGUAGGGAGCUGAGAUUCGUCGUUUUAUUGUGUGUUCUGCAUUGUGGGUUGGUUUCCGUGCCAGCUCAUUUUGACUUUUUUCUGACCUCCAGAAUUGGUUUUCAAUGCAUUCCUAUGGGAAACCGCGUUUUGGUUUACAAAUUUUUCGCAAUAAGAAACUUCCCGGAGAACGCAUUCAAUUCGUAAACCGAGGUUCCACUGUGUGUAUGUAUGUCUGUAUAUAUAUAUAUAUAUAUAUAUAUGUGUGUGUGUGUGUGUGUGUGUGUGUGUGUGUGUGUGUAUAUGUAUGUAUGUAUGUGUGUAUGUGUGUGUGUGUGUGUGUAUAUAUAUAUAUAUAUUGUGUGUGUGUGUGUGUGUGUGUGUGGUGGGCUACUGUAACAAAUCAUUCCUGGACACGGAGCGAGAACCUAGACCUGCUUGAAUGCUACUACAACAGCAGACCCAAUAAAAGAGGUUACAUGAAACGUAUGUGGGAACUAUGGAUGAAUAAGAGACCAUCAUCUACCCUAACACCAAAACAGCUGGUUACACAACGUCUGAACAUCUUCAAGAGAAAUCUAGUGUCACAACUGGAAAUAAAUAGACUACAGAAGAAAUCAACCAUACACCAUGAAUGGAGAAUUCCACCCGAAAUCCAGCACCCAGAGACUGCACACCUGCAAGAAGGAAGGAGGUCGAGGCCUGAUGAGUGUCAAGGCCACAGUCCUGGAUGAAACACAGAGCAUCCACAAGUACAUCACAAAGAUGGCUCCCAAAGAUGAACUUCUAAGGCAAUGCCUGAGACUUCAACAGAUAGAGGAGGUCCAUGCGGUGUACCACCAGCAGAUAGUGGAUGUGGCUCACAUGACAAAACCCUACCAGUGGUUGGAAAAGGCAGGACUGAAAGACCGCACUGAGGCACUAAUCAUAGCAGCACAGGAACAGACACUCAGCACCAGAUCAAUAGAAACUGGAGUCUACCACAGCAUGCAAGACCCAAGGUGCAGACUGUGCAAAGAGGCCUCUGAGACAUUCCAGCACUUAGUAGCCGGAUGCAAGAUGUUAGCAGAAACAGCAUACACGGAGAGACACAACCAAAUUGCUGGGAUUGUGUACUGAAACAUCUGUACAGAUUAUGGAUUGGACCUGCAAGGUCCAGCUAGGAGAUACCACAAAGGGUAGUUGAGAGUGACAGGGCUAAGAUCCUGUGGGACUUUGAGAACCAGACAGACAAGCAAGUGCUGGCCAACCAACCCGACAUCAUGGUGGUAGACAAGGAACAAAAGACUGCAGUCGUGGUGGAUGUGGCAAUACCCAGUGACUAUAACAUCAGGAAGAAGGAAAAUGAGAAGGUGGAGAAAUACCAAGGACUGAAAGAAGAACUAGAAAGGAUGUGGGAAGUGAAGGCAGUAGUAGUCCCAGUUGUGAUAGGAGCACUCAGGGCUGUGACUCCCAAGUUGGGGGAGUGGCUUCAACAGAUUCCAUGUUGGACAUCUGAGAUCGCCGUCCAGAAGAGUGCAGUUUUAGGAACAGCUAAGAUACUGCGAAAAAAAACAUCAAACUCCUAGGCCUCUGGUAGAGGACCCGAGAAUGAGGAACAUACUACCCAGGAGGGGUGAGAAAAUCUAUUUUUUAUAUACAUAUAAAGCUCCUCCUUUAUGUGCUUAGAGAUUUGAGUCCUAUACCUACAGAAUGAUCAUUAUAAAAAGGAGGCUUAGCACUUUAUGGCUGAAUGUUAACAAUGAAUGGUGUUACUUUAAAAAAAAAAGUUUCAUUUUGUAGCAAUCUCUCUAGAUACAAAUAGUACAGAGUGAUUAUAAGAAGGAGUAACCUGCUGGGUAGUUCUAAGUCCAAUUUUUUACUUUGUUUUUCCAGCGUAUAAUUUAACGUGAUUGCUGCCUUAAAAGGCUAAGAUCUUCCCUUUUUAUAAUUAUCAUUCUGUACAUAAAGGAACAGUUUUAUAAAUACAGCACAAUACUAUAGGGAUGUGCAUGGGGAAAAUAUUCGGUUCGGUUCGGCAUCCCUAAAUUCGGGGCUUCGGCAAUUUGGAACUUCAGAAUUUCGGGACUUCGGCACUUCGGAUGUUCUCUUGCAGCCACUUAGUAGAUAACUCCCAAAUUCCCACGGUAUUAGGUAGCUAUCUACCAAAAGGCUGAAAGACCUAAAUUGGUCUUUCAGCCAAAUUUACUAAUACUAAGUAAAAAUUACUUAGCAUUAGUCAAUUCUGCCCCCACUCGCUAUGCCGCGAGUAGGGGCAUGUCUAUUAAAUAGUGAGGAGCCUGUGGCUGCUCACUGUAAAAGCACAAAACAAAAAAAAGUGUCCCCCUCCUGAGCCCCCACACUUGCCACACUAGUGGGGGCUUUUAAACUGAAGGAGGGACCUAUUGCCCCCCAGACCCACCCCUGAGCGGCGGGUGGGAGCCCUAAAUCAGAAAGGGGGGGGACACACACCUAUUGUCCUGCCCCCACCCCUGAGCGACGGGUGGGGGCCCUAAAUUACUUCAAGGUGGGUUGACCUAUUGUCCUCCCUCUGGCCCCAACCCCCGAGUGGCGGGUGGGGACCCUAAAGAAGAAUAAGGGGGGGGGACCUAUUGUCCUCCCCCUGGCCCCCACCCCUGAGCAGCGGGUUAGGAGCCCCCACUCGCACGGUACGGGGGAUAUGUUUUUUUUUUUUUUUUUUACAGUGAGCAGCCAUAGGCUGCUCUCUGUUUACUAGACAUGCCCCUACUCACGGUAUAGCGUGUAGGGGCAGAAUUUACGAAUACUAAGUAAUCUUUACUUAGUAUAAGUAAAUUUGGCUGAAAGACCAAUUUAGGUCUUUCAGCCUUUUGGUAGAUAGCUGCCUGAUACCGUGGGAUUUAGGGAGUUAUCUACUUAUUCAUUCCCAUCCACUGACUGGCUAAGUAACUUAUUUUAUAUGAAUGUGUUACUUGAUUGUUGUAAGUGUUGCAAAUGCUUACAGCUGAAUCCUGUCUAUGUUUGUAUACUUUUUUUUUAAAAACUGCUAUACAGUGUAACAUUCUUCAUUCUUCCACUGGGUAUAUUAGUACUUCGGCAAUUUCGGAACUUUGGCAAUUCGGCUAUUCAGACAUUCGGAAGUAUCUGAAUGUCCGAAUUACCUGAAAUUCGUCCGAAUUGACAUUCGGAACGAAAGGAAUUGCACAUAUUUACAAUACUAUCUGUCUCUUCAGACUACUUGCUGUCCUCCAGACCUGCCUAUCACUUUUCAUUACACUUUUGCCUAUGUUAAUUUUGACACCAAAUAAAAUGUUUUUUUACAGAUUAAAAUGUUGUGAUCUCUGUCAUCAUCUGUCAGUUUAUCCUCUUCAGAUCUCUGCCUAGAUCACUAAUCAUGUUUUGAGUAUUUGCUACACCACAGUCCAAAAACAAUCAAGACCAGACCACAUCCACCAUGUGGGAUUCUCAUAGCCUAAAAGUCAUCAUUUGUAGGAAACAACUAGACUUGCUGUAUUAAAAGUAAAAACGACCAUGCUUGAUGACAUAGUAUUCUAUUAUUUUACAUGACACUUUGUGUAACUCUUUACAAAAUAGAAUUUUCAUUAAUAAAAACACAUUCAAAAUCUUUCUUGGCAAUUAAUUUCCGUCUGUAUUAUACUCAGAAGUAAAAAGCUCCUGUUGGUAUAUAAGUAGGAUAUUCCAUGUCAGUAUAGGAUCUCUAGUUUGAAGUUUUAAUAAUGGUGUAAAUUGUGCUUAAAGAUUUAAUUGGCAUAUUGGUUUGGUUAUAAAUGGGGUUUGUGUUCCUCUUCCAACAGGGAUCCAUCAAUGUUGUUUACUGCUGAUCUUCAAGAUAAAGACCCAACAUUCUCCUUUGCAAACACUGGUGAGUUUAAAACCAAGUAAAUACUAAUAUUGAUAUAUUACUUUUAAAGGGACAUUCCAUACCACUAAAGGUCUUCAGCUGUAUUGGGAAGUCUGUCAUUGGACAGCCACAGAAAGAUAGGGCUGGGUUAGAAGGGGGGUGCUUUCCAUGGCUGUUUGCAAACUGUAUUUAGAUAUAACCACAUUGAAAAAAGUGCAAAAUUAAAUUUAUGCAUGUUCUAAUUUGAGGUAUAAAUACUAAACAGUGAUUCUUAUUUUUAACCCCAAAUUUGUGUUAGCCGUUCAGCAUAUUAAGUUAUAAUCAUGAACACUUUGUGUAUUAAUUCCUGUCUCCUCCCUCAGACCAUUUUGUGUUAUUGGUUGUAUCUUUGUCUUUAGAAUGCCCAUUUUUAACAACUCCGUGUUACACCUCAUCACCCAAAAAACGCUCCAGUGUAUGCAAGUCUCCAGUACACUCCCUACUGACUACUCCAGUUGAUGCCUACGAAGUUGCUGGCAGCUUAUCAAGAAGGCCCUUGUCUAUGAGUGUAUCUUCACAGGACUCUAGUCUCGGUAUUGUCAAGUGA